CUCGUAGAAAGAGAGGCUGAGUUCGAAGUCACAAUGCUGGAAGAGCUCGUAGAAAUAGAGACCGUGUUCGAACUCGCAACGCUAGAAGAUCUUGAUGUUCCCGAUAUAAUCGGCAAAGUAAUACUCGGCGGAAUCGUAGAAGACACGAUCGAAGCCGUACCGGAGAAUACCGAAGAGCUGCUGCCGCCGCCUGAAGUAGUGCUAUCCGUGGAGAGCGAAGCACUCGAUAAAGAGGGUAGUAAAUUGCUCGAGGAAGUACUCAGAGCGUCCGUACUACUUGCGGUGGAAAGGCCGGAAGAGCUCAAAGAGCGCGAUUGGCUUGAAGAUGACGAGGACAAGAGUGUGCUGCUUGGUGCAGAUAUUGGCAUAGUAGUGCUCGCGGAAGAAGCUGUCGUGCGCUCUGAUGGUAUUGUUGAGCUGGGCGAUACCAGAGUGGGAUCGGCAGUGAACGUGGACGGUUCGAAGGACGUUGAUUGAGAGGCGAGGGUUGAAGUCGGUGAUGUUCUUGUGGAAGAUGACACUGGGUUUCCUGUACCAGCAGGUGAACUCUGUAUCGAAGUCGUGGAGCGAGAAGAUAUUGAGCGUGUUGAAGUGCUAGUCGGAAACAAUGUGCCGGAAUCGAUAGUAGAGUUUCCAGGAGUGCCUGUGAUGAUUGGCAGAAUGAUUAUUGUCGAUGAUGAUGCACGACUGGAGACCGAAGACACGGCGAUGCUUCUCGUCGAUGAGCUAGAACUUGGGAUCGAAGAACCAGAACUUGAUACUAUGGUAGGUAGAGUGAGCUGAGAAGAUGUCGAUCCAAUGGAAGCAGUAGAUAUACUUGUCGAAGAUGAGGCAGUACCAGAGACCAACGAACCAGGACUUCCAAUUAUCGUAGGUAGAGUAGUAUAUCCCGAAGAAGCCGAUUGAGCAGAGGUAGCCGAUAUAAUCACCGAAGCUGGACUGGAACCUGGAGUCCCAGAGCCCGGACUUGCUGUAAUCGUAGGUAGAGUGUACCGCGAAGAUGUCGAUCGAAUGGAAG